CUAGUUAUCAUUCUUCUUCUGGUAAGUUCUCUGGAAUCUUGUAGUGGUCAUAAUGAGAAUGGGUUCAGCAGAAGUGAUUUCCCACCAAACUUUAUUUUUGGUUCAGGAAGCUCAGCUUAUCAGGUUGAAGGCGCUGUGAAUGAGGAUGGAAGAACUCCUAGCAUUUGGGAUACCUAUACUCAUUCUGGAAAAAUACCGAACAAAAUCAAUGGUGACAUAGCCGCCGAUCAAUAUCACAGAUAUAAGGAAGAUGUUAACCUCAUGGUGGAUACAGGUCUAGAUGCUUAUAGAUUUUCCAUCUCAUGGUCAAGGCUUAUACCAAAUGGAAGAGGGCCUGUGAAUCCUAAGGGUCUAGAGUACUAUAACAACCUCAUCAAUGAACUUAUCAGCCAUGGAAUUCAAGCACAUGUUACACUUUUCCAUUAUGAUCUUCCUCAGGCACUCGAAGAUGAGUAUGGAGGAUGGUUGAACCGAAAGAUUGUGAAAGACUUCACAUCAUAUGCGGAUGUGUGCUUUAAAGAAUUUGGUGACAGAGUUUCGACAUGGACAACAAUGAAUGAGGCUAAUGUGUUUUCCUUAGGGGCCUAUGACUUGGGAAUGUUUCCGCCGCAAAGGUGUUCUUCUCCAUUUGGGGUCCGUAAUUGUACAAAUGGUAACUCCACAACAGAGCUGUAUAUUGUUACCCAUAACUGUUUGCUAGCUCAUGCAUCAGCUGCAAGAUUGUAUAAGAACAAAUAUCAGGAUAAACAAUAUGGACUUAUAGGAUUCAACCUCUUCGGUUAUGGGUUCAGUCCUGUAACAAAUUCUGCAGAAGAUAUUGCGGCAACUCGAAGGGUCAAUGAUUUCUUUUUGGGUUGGUUUGCUAGUCCUUUUGUUUUUGGUGACUAUCCUGAAUCAAUGAAGAGAAAUGUUGGCUCGAGACUUCCUUCUUUCACUCCAUAUGAUUCUAAACUAGUCAAGGGCUCAUGUGAUUUCUUUGGUGUGAACCACUACGCAUCGGCUCAAGUAAAGGACAAUCCAGAAAAUCUACUAAUCCACCCACGAGAUUUUAUUUUGGAUAUGGCUGUCCAGUUCGUAUUUAAUUGGUCUGGACAAGGUGUAUUGCCUGAUGAAUUUGCUAUUACACCCGCGGGGUUGCAAGAAGUUCUGGAGUAUUUUAAGCAAGUCUAUGGAAACCCCAUCAUGUUUAUUCAUGAAAAUGGUCAAAGGAUGUUAAGUGCAUCGCGUGAAAAAUCAACGAACGAUACAUCGAGGGUGGCUUAUUUGAAGGGCUACAUUGGAGGUUUGCUUGAUGCAUUGAGGAAUGGAUCCAACACAAAAGGGUACUUCACAUGGAGUUUCCUGGACUCAUUCGAAUUGUUAGACGGAUACACUUCAAAUUUCGGCCUUUAUUAUGUGGAUAUGAUCAAUGAUCCGGAUUUAAAAAGAUAUCCAAAACUUUCAGCACUAUGGUAUUCAAAUUUUCUUAAAGGAGGGAAUGAGAGAACUAGUACAAUAUCUCCUACAACUGAUGAAAGUUCUCAUUUUUCGCAGUAGAAAGUUGAUUUUCCAGUUGAUUUUCAUUUGCAUGUAAAAUACAUCUUUGAUGAGA